AUGAAUUUGACAUCAACAAGUGACAGAGUAUCUGUGGUGUCUUAUCUAGAUUCGACAGUAAAUGAAGAUGAACUGUCAAGUCAGACGCCCGUGUACACUUUGAUCUUCUCAAUUUUGAAGAUCCGGUUCACUCUGCUGCUCCUGAUUCUUGGGGCCAUUGCAGUUUUGCAUUCAAGAAAAAGGGCAAACGCGUUCCACUACAAGCAUAUCGAUGGCAGAAAGAUGAAGAUCCUUGACAAAGAUACUAGGUAUCUCCGUUUCACUCAUGGGAAGGAGCUCUCUCAAGAGGGAGAACAAAAGAGCGGACCAGACCCGUAUCUUGUCAAGAACAAAUCGAAGAUCGAACUGGUGUUGUUCAGUCCUAAUCAGGUUCGCGACUUCUUCGAAAAGGAUGCUAGAUACCAUGAGAAGAAACAGGAUGCCAAUAUGGGCCAGUAUUUCCUAAGGAGUCUAGGCCAGUGUGUUGGCGUCCAGAACGGAGAGAGAUGGCACAAAACUCGCAGACAUCUCGAAGCUCAUUUUUCGGCUGGAGAAGCAGCUUCGAUGAUCCUUGAGUUCCAGAAGGCCCUUACGGACUGGGCAACAAAGCUGCCCGGCGACUCCGCAGCCACACCUACUUCUCCGAGUACCUUCCUCGCAGACAGUGUUGCGGCAUGCAGAAAACUGCCCUUCCGUAUGAUUUCCAUGUCUCUGUACGGUGACAUGCUUACUGACGAGGUCUUUGAGAGAUUGUGGCACUUGAACAAGAUCCAUGAGAAAGUGACUGCUCAUACCUUCUUCGGAACCUGGGAGAACAUGCGGUUUUACCGUUACCUGCCUACAGCUGCCAACCGAGCACUGCACGCGUAUGAGGAUGGUUGGAAAGAAUUCAACUUGGAUGUGAUCGGGGAGGCAAGGAAGUCGGGUACGCCUUGUCGUGCAGAACGGAUGUUCCAAGCCGUUGAGCGCGGUGAGAUGACCACAGAUAUGUUCCUACAAUCGCUGGACGAGAUCCUUUUCACCAACAUUGAUGUCACAUCCGCUCAAUUUGCGUACGCAUUGAUCAAUAUAGGGCGGACACCGAACUCCCAGCAGCGUCUAUACGAGGAGGUGAAAGCCAUCGAAAGCGACGAGACGAAGAUCGCAGAGUUUGUCAGAAGAGAAGACACGUUCCUUCACAAGACUUACCUCGAGAUUCUCCGUAAUAACCCGCCAGUCUGGUUCUCUCUCCCCGAGACAACCGCCGUAGAGAAACGCAUAGAUGGCUUUCUCAUUCCAGCCGGAACUACCGUGAUCAUCGAUACCCAGCGACUCAACAAAACGUCUCCCAUCUGGGGAGAGGAUGGUUAUUCCUUCCGUCCAGAGCGAUGGGAUAAAAUCACUAGCCGAGAGGCCCGUUAUAGUAUGCUGGGAUACGGAAUGGGCCCGCGAAAGUGCCUGGGCAAAAACGUCGCCAACGUGAUCAUAAAACAGUUCUUGGUGGCUGUUAUGCAGCACUUCGAGCUGAACACUGGUGACGGUGCCACCCACAUCAAGAGAGAUAGGUUUACUUGUAUGCCGGAACAGGUGGUCGAGUUCCGGCAGAGAAAGAUAGUGCAAGAGUAG